UAGGGAGGUGUGAAUACCAGUGUCAGACAUGGUGGCAUUUAUGUGAAAGCUGUUAUUCCCAAGGGAGCAGCAGAGUCUGAUGGUAGAAUUCACAAAGGUGAUCGUGUUCUCGCUGUCAAUGGAGUUAGUCUGGAAGGAGCUACCCAUAAGCAAGCUGUGGAAACACUGAGAAAUACAGGACAGGUGGUUCAUCUGUUGUUAGAAAAGGGACAGUGUCCAGCAUCCAAAGAACAUAUCCCUUUAACACCACAGUGUACCCUUUCAGAUCAGAAUGCCCAAGAUCAAGCCUCAGAAAAAAUGGUGAAGAAAACAACUCAUGUUAAAGACUACAGCUUUGUCACUGAAGAAAAUACAUUUGAGGUAAAAUUGUUUAAAAAUAGCUCAGGCCUAGGAUUCAGUUUUUCUCGAGAAGAUGAUCUUAUACCUGAGCAAAUGAAUGUCAGCAUAGUAAGGGUUAAAAAGCUCUUUCCUGGACAGCCAGCAGCAGAAAGUGGAAAAAUUGAUGUGGGAGAUGUUAUCUUAAAAGUGAAUGGAGCCUCUUUGAAAGGACUGUCUCAGCAGGAAGAGUCUGAUGCAAAGCUGAACCCAGGCUCACUAAACAACAUGGUAUCACAGGCACAGAGUCAACAAGAAGCACCCAAGAGUCAAGAAGAUACUAUUUGUACCAUGUUUUACUAUCCUCAGAAAAUCCCCAAUAAACCAGAAUUUGAAAACAGUAAUCCUCCUUCCCCUCUACCACCGGAUGUGCCUCCUGGGCAGAGUUAUCAACCCCAGUCAGAAUCUGCUUCUUCUCAUUCGAUGGAUAAAUAUCAUACACAUCACACAUCUGAACCAAAUCAAAAGGAAGACUACACCAAGCGGACUUGGGAAAACCACCUUGAAGAUUUUGAAGCUGGUGGAGUGUUCAUUGAAGUAGAACUCCUCAUUACCUUAAUUAAAUCAGAAAAAGGAAGCCUAGGUUUUACAGUCACCAAAGGCAACCAGAGUAUUGGUUGUUAUGUUCAUGGUGUCAUACAGGAUCCAGCCAAAAGUGACGGAAGGCUAAAACCUGGGGACCGGCUCAUAAAGGUUAAUGAUACAGACGUUACGAAUAUGACUCACACAGAUGCAGUGAAUCUGCUCCGAGCAGCACCCAAGACAGUCAGAUUAGUCCUCGGGCGAGUUCUAGAAUUACCCAGGAUGCCAGUGUUGCCUCAUUUGCUACCUGACAUUACAUUAACAUGCAACAAAGAGGAGUUGGGUUUUUCCUUAUCUGGAGGUCAUGACAGCCUUCAUCAAGUGGUAUAUAUUAGUGAUAUUAAUCCAAAGUCAAUUGCAGCUACUGAGGGUAAUCUCCAGCUAUUAGAUGUCAUUCAUUAUGUGAAUGGAGUCAGCACACGAGGAAUGACCUUGGAAGAAGCUAACAGAGCAUUAGACAUGUCACUUCCUUCAGUGGUGUUGAAAGCAACAAGAGAUGGUCAUCCAGUGGUCCCCAGUUCAAAGAGGUCUGCCAUUUCAACUCCAAAGUCAACCAAAGCCAAUGGUCAUCACAGUGUAGACCCUUGUGGCCAGCCUGCCCUCACUCCUAAUAAUUCAUUCUCCAAGGGUGAUAGGGAAGAAAUCAUUGAAGUUUUGUAUCCUGAGGGAAAAUGUUCUACUUAUCAAAUGAAGGGAUCAGCAAACCUGACUCUGUCCAAAGAAUCUGAUAUUCAAGAAGAUGACAUUUAUGAUGACCCUCAAGAAGCUGAAGUCAUCCAGUCUCUGCUAGAUGUUGUGGAUGAGGAAGCCCAGAAUCUUUUAAACCAAAAUAAUGCAGCAGGAGAUGCCUGUGUUUCAGGUAUGCUGAAGACAAAUGGGAAGUUACCAGAAGAGAGAGCAGAAGAUACAGACUGUGAUGGUUCACCUUUACCUGAGGAUUUUUCUCAGUCUACCAAAAUAAAUGGCUGUGAAGAACAUUGUGAAGAAAACAUAAAAAGUGAAAGCAAAACGACAAUGGUCAACGACAGGCUUCGGCUGGCUCUUGUGCGAAUGCAGCAGCUGAAAGGCUUUGUGGUGAGGGCCAUGACCCUGGAAGACAUUCAGAAAGCCAGUGACUUCCUGGUUCCCAUUGCGAUGGAACUAAUGCCGCAUAUUCUUUUUUUAUCUAAAUCAGUUGCUGUCUUCCUGUUAGAUCACCCCUUUCUGACAAACGAGGAGGUUGCUGCACUCCCUGUCGUCAAAGUGCUCCCCUCUGGUAAAUACACUGGUGCCAAGUUAAAAUCAGUCAUUCGAAUGUUGCGUGGUUUACUAGAACAAGGAAUUCCUUCUAAGGAGCUGGAGAAUCUUCAAGAAUUAAAACCUUUGGAUCAGUGUCUAAUUGGACAAACUAAGGAAAAUAGAAAGAAGAACAGAUAUAAAAAUAUACUUCCAUAUGAUGCUACCAGAGUGCCUCUUGGAGAUGAAGGUGGGUACAUCAAUGCCAGCUUCAUUAAGAUACCAGUGGGGAAAGAAGAGUUCGUUUACAUUGCCUGCCAAGGACCUCUCCCUACAACCAUCGGAGAUUUCUGGCAGAUGAUUUGGGAACAAAAAUCCACAGUGAUAGCCAUGAUGACCCAAGAAGUAGAAGGAGAAAAAAUCAAAUGCCAGCGUUACUGGCCUAACAUCCUAGGCAAAACGACAAUGGUCAACGACAGGCUUCGGCUGGCUCUUGUGCGAAUGCAGCAGCUGAAAGGCUUUGUGGUGAGGGCCAUGACCCUGGAAGACAUUCAGGUAAGAGAAGUGCGACAUAUUUCUCAUCUGAAUUUCACUGCCUGGCCAGACCACGAUACCCCUUCUCGGCCAGACGAUCUGCUCACCUUCAUCUCCUACAUGAGACACAUCCACAGAUCAGGCCCCAUAAUCACACACUGCAGCGCUGGCAUUGGGCGUUCGGGGACCCUGAUAUGCAUAAGCGUAGUUCUAGGAUUAAUCACUCAAGAUCUGGAUUUUGACAUCUCUGAUUUAGUGCGCUGCAUGAGACUACAAAGACACGGAAUGGUUCAGACAGAGGAUCAAUAUAUUUUCUGCUAUCAAGUCAUUCUUUAUGUCCUGACACGUCUUCAAGCUGAAGAAGAGCAAAAAGAGCAUCCGCAGCUUCUGAAAUGACAUGAAAAGCCUGCUGGAUGCAUUUCCAUUUCUCUCCUUAACCUCCAGCAGACUCCUGCUCUCUAUUUAAAAUAAUGAUCACAGAGCAGCAAGUCUAUACAAUAUCAUUAUGCUUAUUCUCUUCUAUUUUAGAGGAGUAUUCUUCAUUACAAUAUUAUAAAUAAAGUUAAAAUGCUGUAUUUUUACAGCUACUUUAACCUAUGAUAAUUAUUAAAAAUUUUUAACACUAAUUGAACAGUACAUAUCUUAGGGAUAACUAAAGGCAGCAUUUUAUUAUAGUGGACAUUGUUAUAAGGACACGCUAAAUCUAUUUUUAAUGCACCAAUCUUGUUUAUAGCAAAAAUUUUUUCCAGUAUUUUAAUAGAGUUAUUUUAUAGGGGAUACUUGAAACCAGUAUUUAAGCUUUAAAUGACAGUAAUAUUGGCGUAGAAAAAAAAGUAGCAAAUGUUUACUCUAUCAAUUUCUAAUGUUUACUAUAUAGAAUUUACUGUAAUAUAUUUAUAUACUUUUUCAUGAAAAUGGAGUUAUCUGUUUGUAAUGCAUCAUCUCACUUUGUAAAUAAAAAUACACCUUAAAACAUGACAAGCCAAAACUGUGUGCAAACAAAUUAAACAUCUUCAAUGUGUUAUUUUUU